AAAAGAAAUUAGCAGAAUGGAGAGAGAAUGCCCGUCAAGAGAUACCGAUACAUAAGCCCUAAACUGACGCGAGAGAUUGAGAGAGAGAGACUGGAAUCGCCGAACAGCCAAAAAGUUGUCUGCAGGGAUCUGGAAGGAGAGCAUUCGGCCCUGUUGAAGGAAUGCGCAGCCUCAAGAACUCAACUAGUAGAACGAGACAAAACUGUAUACUUGAAAGCUCACCAACGAAAUUCAAAGCCCGAGGAAUGCGUCAUCAAGAUAAGUAGAAAGUAAGAUCGGGGAAAGAGGCUGACAGGUUAUGUCAUCGUCUGCGUCCUCUUCGGACGUGAGAGUAUAUUGUUCUGCUGCCUGUGAAUCGGAGGAAAACGAGCAUCGAAACUACAAUUCUUACACUACAGAAAUUAACUCAUUAAAGCACGAGAUACAAGAUAAAGAGAAACAUAUAAUUAGAUUAACGAAGAAGGCCAAGGAUUAUGAAGAAGAUGUUUUUGAAUCUGAACAAAGUUUCAUAGAGGAGCAAAAUUCUUUUAAAGACCAAUUGAAAAACCAAAAAGGAAGAAUGUGUACACUACAAAAAGAAAUAGUCGACGCAGAAGAGAAGAACAAAAACCUUCAGAAACAGAUGGACAGUUAUGAACAAAUGACAAAAGACAUGCAAACAGAGAUGACGAAGCUAAAAAAUAUUCAUGCCGAUAUGCUGAAAACCAUUAGUCUUUUGGAAGAAACAAACAAUGCAUACUCAAGGAAAAUAGGCGAAUUAGAAGAAAGAACAAAAGAAGACAGGUGUCGAUUGUCGGAGAACACUGAAGGAAAUGCCAACGAUCAACAGAAUAUAUUAGACGAUAGGGAUAAACAGCUGAGGACUGAGGAAAAUGUAUCUUUGUAUGAUGAACUUUUUAAACAAUCCAGGAACAGUGCGAAUACUUCCAAGAAACUGCUCAUUGUGGGCGAUCAAUUGGCCAGAAACUGCGCUAGAGUCUUACAUAAUUCAAUGAAGAGCAUAGGCUAUAUAGUUGAAGGAAUUGUUAAGCCCAACACAGAGGCUGCAAAUAUCUCAAGUAAUAUUUUCACUCAAACUAUGGAUCAUGGACAAAGUGACUAUAAGUGCAUCAGGAAAAGCUUCACGUUUCCCACGCUAAGGAUGGCCAAGUGCAAUAAUCUCAGAAACGGUUAG